AUGGUAUCGACGACAGGCGCUGGCGCGUCCGAUACCGCCUCGGGUGCCGAAGGCUCAGAACUCGCAGUCAUUCCCGGACACGAUGCUAGAACCGAACUAGAGGACAUGACUGGACCAGUCUCGAACGACAACGACACGCUGCUUCCCUCGCCAGUAGCUAGAGCCAUCAGCUUCGCGACACGAUCGACUGGUCUCGCCAUUCGCAUGGGCAGCGCGAUAGGUUGUUAUGGGUUAGACGCCGCCAAAUUCACGACAUUGUCAAGCUUUGAGUUGGGUCGUACAGUACUAGAGGGCAUCCUGAGCAGGGCCGGCAGAGAUGCCGUGUCCCGUGCUGACUCGGACAUUGCGAGGCAAGACGCAGAAACCAUCCUCGAGACGGCUGUGUCGACGCUACACCGUGCUAUGGGGCAUAUCGUGUUCUGGACUGCGACCGGCUUUAAUUUGACAAGUACAACGCUGUCCGUGUUUUCCGACAUGUCCCAGGUGGUUCUCUCGAUGCUGGAUCAGUUCUUUGGGUCGACCGACUCCUCCCGCGCCAUGGCAAGCAUUGUCGCCAUGAUUCGCCGAGAAUUCGAGAACCCGGCUACGGGUGUCCAAGGAGAGACAGUCGGUGUCCUUGAUUUGGUAAUCGGGUUGUGCAGCAUGGCAUACCUCCAGAGGUCGUGCCACUCAUUGCUAGAAGACGACAUUCGUGCUUUACGCGUUGAGGAGACGGUAUGGGAUGUGGUUGUCCUCUCAGAUGGCGUGCGUGUCGAUAUUCACAACGACGGUUAUAACGCGACACGCCAACCAGAGAGAACUCAAGCGCUUCAAUACAGAUCUGCGGAAGCGAUCGCUCCUGCAAUACCGAGUGUCGAAGUACAAAACGAUAGCCAAGACGGGGUUGAUGCACCAACAUUGCAACUCCAGCGGGAAAUCAUGAGGUCCUUGCCAGACAAUGCUCAGGUAUCAAUAACUAGGGAAGUAUCCACGUCGGAGAUAAUCACUGUCGAGAUAACCGGCGACGCACCCCAUGUCAAAGUUGAGCCGCCACCUGGACUUGAGUUGAUUGAGGAGAGCUGGGUGGAUCGUCAGCCAGGACGUCAAGUGCAGGCAAGGCCGGAGGAUAACCACAGCAGCACUGCUCCGCGCUCCCGUCUUGUUUUCCGGCGUAAUCGCCGUCAGGAAACAAAGGCUUCAUUUCAAAGGGUCGACGGCGACGUCAGCCCCAUCAAGGCGGAGACCGAGUUCUUGGAAAGCCCAGGUACCGGAAGCGGCAGUGAACGCGAGGAUCUGAUUGCUAACUCACCUCGACAUUCCAUGGAUCAUGAAGAAUUGCAUCCCUUCCAGCCCAGCCGGUCUGCCAUGGGGGCUUCUGCUCCCCUGAUGCCGCUCACUCCGGCGUCAGACGGCCCAGUUGCCCAUCAGCCUGCUUGUAAUAACCUCGCCAACCAGAAACGCUCCCGUUCAGUUCUGGCCAAUUCUUCGACAGCACCUAGGAUUCGAUCGAUUCCAUCACCCGACACGCAGCUGGGCAGUAAUUCGCUACCAUCUAGAAGCAAAAACGAGACUGAUGCCGGUUAUAAGCUCUCGGAAAAGAAAAGCGGGUUUCGAGGGGUUCUAAAGAAGCCAAUGUCCAUAUUCCACAAGGACGAUUCUAUCCUGGACAUGGCCAUCAGCAAGAAAGGAAUCAAGCGUUCAGCGGCUAGCCCGCCAACAGGCAGGGCCAGCACAGCAACUCAGGACGGACUGCACAGUCCUUUUGUCAGCAUCCAGCAGCCAUCAUUGAUAGCAAAAAGUGGCCCGCCUUCCCCGGUUCAGGGAACGUCUGAUGUGGUUCGAAGACCGCUCAGACGGACUCCUUCCACCGCGAGUUUCUUCUCGGUACAUGAGAGUCGCCGCGAAUCGACGGUCUCUUUGACUGAGACAUAUUCGCUUACAUCUUCCGGCGAACAUCGACACGUCUCGGUAUUCGGCGAGGCUGCAAUGAGCGGUCCAGUCAUGAAGAAAGUCACCUCGGAGACUCAUCUUCCCAUUCAGCACUACGCUCCGGAGAGAACCCACCGCCGGCUGAACUCCAAAGGGUACACCCCCAGCAUUUAUACGCUGAAGGCGAACGCGUCGGAGACAUCUCUGGUCCCAUACCACCCUGGUGGCGGGAGUGCAUUUUCUGGCGGCGAGGCUCUGGGAACGCUCAGGCAGGCAGGAGUGGUAGAUGGCAUGUUUCCUAGAUACCACCUAUUGCGCAACAUUACACGCUACAUGCGGUUUGCCUCGGCCUCGUAUGGGUCCAAGUUUCUCAAAGUACUCGGGAUUGCUACUGAGAUGCCGAUCCCUGGUCUUUCGGACGACACACAUCAUGAGCUGCGGUCAUUCGCCCAUCACACAAGGUCAGACCCCAGCAGCAUACUCUUGUCGUCUUUCAUAGAUCCCCAGGGCGGUUCAGACGGCAGCGGUUCGACCAACACCGGCGUGCCACUCGUGCAUUACGUCUCUCUGGAUCACGAGUCCAAGGCGGUCGUGCUCACGUGCCGCGGCACCCUCGGCUUCGAGGACGUUCUGACGGACAUGACAUGCGAAUAUGACGAAUUAGUCUGGAGAGGGAGGUCGUACAAAGUCCAUAAGGGCGUCCACGCUUCGGCGAAGCGUCUCCUGUACGGCGGCGACGGCAGGGUCCUCUACAUUCUCAAGACCGCCCUGGAGGAAUUUCCCGAUUAUGGCCUAAUCUUAACAGGCCAUUCCCUCGGCGGAGCGGUUACCUCUCUUCUAGGCGUUAUGCUCUCCGACCCGGCCCCUCUUCCAGGAACUCCCGCCUCGUUCUUCGUCACGUCAUCCUCGGAUCCCCAUGCCAGACUCCUCCCCGCAACAAAUUCCUCCACUGGCCCCGCGCCACCACCACCGCACGUAUGCCUGCCGCCAGGCAGACCAAUCCACGUGUACGCCUACGGGCCGCCGUCAACAAUGUGCCCCUCGCUGAGCGCGUCCACGCGGGGGCUCGUCACGACCGUCGUCUACGGCAACGACCUCGUGCCCUACCUCUCCCUGGGCGUGCUGCAUGACUUCCAGGCUGUCGCGCUCGCCCUCAAGACGGACAAUUCGGCCGCCAAGACCGAUCUGCGCCAGCGUGUCUGGGGCGCCCUGCGCGGGGGCAUUGAAGGCGCGUGGAGGGGCACCGACGCAUACCCGUUUGCGAAGCCGCCGCCGGCAGCGAGGGGAGAAAAAGGGAGCGAGAGUGAUUACUGGGCGUAUGCGGCUCUUAAAGUGCUCAGGUCGAGCAUGCUGAACGAGAAGCUUGUCCCUCCUGGAGAGGUUUUUCUGGUUGAGAGCCAGGGGGUUCUGAGGCGGGAUGCUUUUGUAUCGGCGGCGGGGGGAGACCAUCACUUUGGGAGGCCAGCUACUAGGAUUGUUCUCAAGUAUGUGAGGAAUGUGGAGAGGCGGUUUGCGGAGGUGAGGUUUGGCGUGAGCAUGUUGACGGAUCAUAGCCCUGGGAAAUACGAGGCCGCGUUGGACCGGCUGAUGGUUGGGGUCAUGGGCGGGUCGUGA